AUGAAAGGCAGCUGGAAUAAAAAAAUUAACGAGGUGUACGUAGAUCCGCUGCCCUUCGAGGUGCAGCCUCUACCAACGCUUAUUCUGCACAAUCCUGUUUCAGUUCUUUACUUUUUAUACAAAUUAUGCUUUUCCCCAGCUCCAAGACAGGUCAAGAUCGCCGGCACCUUCGAUCCAAACGACCCUUCAAUGGCCGUGCGUGUCACUGACGAAAGCACAAUGCUGCGGUUAUGGGAGAUGGGAUUCUUUGGCAAAGGUAGUCUCAGUCGCUCGGAACCCUCAUGGUAUGGCCGUACCUGUCGUCGGCUAGGUCUCGAUGGCGGCGAAAUGAGCUUGGAAGAGCUCACAGAACUCCGUCGGCAAAAGCGCCGUAUCUUGAAACGUGAGCGUGAUCUGGCCGAAAGACAAGAGCUUCACAACAAACUUGUUGCCGAAGGUCGUGCCGAGCCGGUUAAUUUGAUUGAGUUGGCUGCUCUCGCCGAGGAAGAUGCUCAACCUCCGAUUCGCGACGAGGAUCGUGAGCUGGUGAAGGGUGAUACUAUUAUCAAGCUCGAGCAUUUGCAACUCAUGCCUUGCGAAGCACUUUUUCUGCAGCUCGGUCUAGGUGUGCUUGAUAUAAGUGACAACGACGGCGUGAUGUCUAUCAUGAAGUCCGUUGAAAGCUUAGCCAAAGGAAAGCUUCUCACUGAAUACAUCGCGUAUCACUACUACCGGUCUUUGGGUUGGUGUGUACGUUCGGGUGUCAAGUUUGGCACAGACUUUAUACUCUACCGCCGAGGGCCACCUUUCCAGCAUGCAGAAUUUGCCGUCAUGGCGGUGUACGCCAAUCGACAUGAAAUACAUGAUUGGUGGUGGAGUCAAGGAGUCGCGCGGGUUGUUGGAAGCGUUAAAAAGACCCUGGCUUUUGCCUAUGUUGAAGGCCCUGAUCCAGAUCUUGUCGACUAUAGUGAGAUCAAGACGAUCAGUGAUUGGAGGGCUCUGCUGGCACAGUACUCAGUUCAAUCAGUUAUUUAUUCGCGGUGGACCCCUAAUCGCACGCGUGAUUAA